UGUCGAUUAAUUAUGAACAUUACUUUCUCAGAAAGUCUCAUGAUGGUGACCUUUUUGGAACAAGAAACUUGAAUGAUUAGCACAGCCUUGUGAGCAAUAAAUCAAGAAUGUCGGGAUUAAAGUUUACUCAUUCCGCUUUAUAACCAUUUUGAAAGCCAUUUAUUAUAAAAACAAUAAUGUCUGUAGACACGAAUAAACUGCAAGUGGAGCAAAAAAAUCUGGCACAAAAUAUGAGUGACUCCAAACAGAAGUCUGUUCCGGUUGAUACCGCGCAACAGGUGAAUGGUCGUCGUGUGGCGGAGGCAGCUGCAGCAGCUGCAUCUGAAGCGGCGGUAACAACAGCAGCGGCGGUAACAACAGCAACGGCGGAAACAACUGCAGCGGCUGGAACAACAGCAACGGCGGGAACAACAGCAGCGGCGAGAACAACAGUAGCUGCGGGAACAACUUUAGCUGUUUCCUCGGCUACUGGGCCCAGCAAAGUGAAGGACUUUGUCGUCAAGAGACUCUGGGAGCUCUGGGCUGAUCUCAAGAUUAAGGAGUUCGUGCCAAUAAAACUGCUAAAUUUCCUCAUCUUUGGAGGAAUGAUGGCUCUGUUCCCGUUCCUGACGCUGCAAGCGCGGUCACUUGGAAUCACGGAGGCGGAGCUGGGAAUCGUGUACGCGUUCCUACCGCUCGUUGCCUUGUUUGGUCCCCCCCUUGCCGGCAUGAUCGCUGACAAACUUGGCAACUUCAAACUAUUCCUGGCGGUGAUGGUAUUCGCUUCGGGACUCACUUCGCUCCUGUACAUGGCGGUGCCCGUAGGUAGGAUACGACUUCCCAUGCCCGAGGUGCUCCCGAUGUCGCUGGAGUGCGAGGACGCCUCUGAUGCACCCCACACACUCCACACCCUCGACCAGUUGCGGUGCGAGUACAGUCAGGUUCUCCUCCAGCCUGUCCAGGUGCUGCUAACGUCGUGCUCACCACGCUGCCUGGUCAAUGGCACCGAGCCGAGUAAAGAUGCAAUCUCACGGCGGUUCGAAGAAGCCUUCACUUCAGAGCCGAAAUCGAGUGUCUCCUUUACCGAACUUGUGGCAAAUAUUCCUUCAAUCAGAGACUUUGACCCUGCCCAUAUCUACGAGACGCACCGCGCUAAGCUUGAACUAUCCGGCGAAAACCAAACCUUAGUUUUGACUGAGGAUAUUUGUUCAAGUCUAAAUGAGCGCUUACGAGCCUGGCUUGCAUCCGGAAGUUCAAAACCAGUAGGGAAGAGAAGCCCGGCGGCUCUUCCAUCAAGGUCCUCUGACUCUUUUGCUGACUCAUCAUCUACGAAACCUGCUCCCUCUCCUUCUUCACUCGAUGAUGAAGUUUCAUUAAUGUCCAAGUCAUUGAUGGGGUCAGAUCCUGAGGAUUGCUAUGCAGUAUGCAGGGUGCUGGUCAUCAGAGACAAAGUCUGCGCUAACACCGAGAGUGUUGAAGAUUUGAACCCGCAACUCACCUUCUGGCUCUACGUCGUCGUCAGGCUGCUCAACUCUGUCACUCUCGCGACAUCGAUGCCUCUGUUCGAGGGGGCGGUAGUGACCAUAUUGAAGCAGUACGAUGGCGACUUCGGCUUCCAGAAAAUCUACGGCAGUCUUGGACCCCUCAUCAUGACGCCCGUUUCUGGGGCUCUCAUUGACGCUUUCUCUACGGAUGGUAGCCAGGACUACCGGCCUGCAUUCUACGUGUAUUUUGCCGUAAAGUUGAUCUGCACCGCGAUUAUCCUGACGAUGAACUUGGAGUUCAAGAAACCUUCUGAGCGCGUCAUUAAAGACUUCAAAUCCAUAAUAACAAAUCAGGAGAUUUUUUGUUUCCUGGUCAUGUGUUUCGUGGCAGGCGCGUGUUUCGGAGCCAUGGACACGUUCUUGUUUUGGUUGCUGCAAGACAUGGGCGCCUCCAAGAGCUUGAUGGGCCUGACUGUGACAGUGGGUAACAUUUGCAGUCUCCCCAUCCUGCUGUUCGCGUCCCCCAUCAUCGAAAGUCUGGGUGCUGUCAACACCAUCAUUCUAGGCUUCAGCUUCUAUGUUGUGAGAUUUAUAGGUUAUUCGCUGAUUUACAACCCAUGGCUUUGCAUGCCAUUCGAGGCUCUGGAAUGCUUCACGGUGGCUCUCCUCAUCACCGCAGCCAUCUCCUACACGGCCGACCUGUCCUCACCUACAACUACAGCCACUUUACAGGGCCUGAUGGGUGGUCUACACCAUGGCGUGGGUCGAGGCGCGGGAAGCCUUGUGGGAGGCUUUCUGAUUGCUGAUAUCGGAGUCCGAAGUACCUUUCAAGUCAUGGCCGCAGUUUCAUUUGUCGGAGCCGUCAUAUACUUCGUUAUCAACAGAAUUUUCUUCAGACAAGCGGCGUUAGAAAGGAAGCAAAAGAAACUGGAAGCCGUAGAAAGUAAAAAUUUACCAAUGAUUCAACCGACUUUAGGAGCCGAUAUGAAAAAUAAAAUCUCCGAUGUCGAUAAUAAACGAGCUGCAACGAGCAAUGUAAAUCAAGGUUUUGAAGGUGAUGAAUAUGUUAGAAAGGCUUAGGUUGUUGAAGCUGUUAUUUCAAAUAAUUUGAAUUUUUUAAUUAAAGUUAUUUGCAAUGUUGUAGUUCAAUAUGAUUGAUGGACCUAUCUGACCAAAAACUAAAAUUAAUAUAUUAAUGAAAUAAAAAAAUUAUCUAAUUUAGUAA